UUCUCGUAUCAUAACGAGCGCAAGGGGAUCAGGACGGAGCAAAAUCUGAAUAUUUCACAGGUAAAAAUCCCUCAAGAACCGGUAAUGCCUCUUUUACAGUGGAUUUAUGUUCUGUCAUCUUUGACAGCAUCGUUUUAAGGGAAAACAUUGCGAAUCGGACAUUUUGUGACACGAGCGCGUUUAGUUCCACAGACUGAAUAGAAAACAGCUUUGAGAAAAGGAAGAGAUUGACAUAACAGAAGGUAAGACGUUGGCAAACCAUCAUGGCAUGGCCCUGUAUCUCCAGAGCCUGCUGUAUGGCUCGGUUCUGGAACCAGCUGGACAAGGGCGACAUUGCGGUGCCGUUGGUUUUCACCAAGUACUCGGACGUGUCCGAAAUGCAGCAUCUUCACCUGCAGCAGCCUGCGCCGAAGGUCGCCAUAGAAACGCAGCCGCUUCACAACGACCACGACGCGGUGUCCAAAGGACCUCCAGCCCAGGAUGAAAACAUCUUAGGAUCUGUGAUGCGCCAGGACUUCAAACACUGGAAAGUUCGCCCGGAGCCCAGCUGCAAGCCCAAGAACGAGUAUCAUUGCCCUGAGGUUCCUUUUAACAACAAGACCCAGUAUCAGAAGGACUUCAAACCCUGGCCUAUCCCAAAGAGGGGAGAUCAUCCUUGGAUCCCCAAACCCUCUCCGACCAUCUCAGUGGGCAAUGACCGCAUCCCUGACAGAUCCAAACACACCUUAGAGAUGAUGGACAGUGGGGUGGAAAAGAGCGAAAUUGCUGACAAGGUGCAAGAGAAGGAGAUCCUGUCUAGUGAAAGGAAAAAGAGACAAGCCAAGAAAGUGACCAUGGUUUCUGAAAACAAAGCUGGCGUGAAGUUGGACAGGCAGAGAGUAGGGGAUGCCACCACUACAGAGGGUAAAGGGAGGGCAGCUGUGGAUGCUCUCAACCGGCAGAUCAAACAAGAAGUGUCCUCUGGCAGCUCCUACAGGACUGAGUUCAAAGCCUACACAGAUGUAAAACCCGUGAAGCUCAUCAGGGCUAAGUCUCAGUAUCAUCCUCCCGAUGGGAAGACUGAUCAGGAGACCAGCUACAGCGCCACCUACAGGCCCUACCAGGCCACUCAGCAGCCAGAUGAAAACAAGGCCCUGGAGAGGAGGAGGAUACGCACACUGUACCAUGAACCUUACAGAGAGAGCAGUAAGGUGGAGAAAACCAGUCUUCCUCGCUCCAAACCCAAAAAGAGCACAGCUGCCACACCUGGCAAACCUCUGAAAAAGUCCAAGGAGAAACAGGUGGCAUUGCGUGGUUCGAAGAAGAAGAGCUCCGAGAACCAACCUGAGACCAGAGCAGGGCAAGGCGACAAGGAGAAAAGUAAAGAGAUCAACAACAAACUGGCUGAGGCGAAAGAGGUUAUGCUAAAACAGUACCACUACAUUCAGCUCUGUCAGCCCAUCCGAGAUAUUGGUUGGGUGCAGACAUUAAAGCAACACCUGUGGCGCUGUGCGAUGCCCGACCCAAGAGAAUCUGAGUCUGGCCUCGGACGAGUCAGCGAUUAUUAUUCCGAGGGUACCUCUGGAAGAGAACCACUGGUGGAACGACCAGAACCACGUCGGGGAGUAGUCCGGUUCGCUCCGGAUGUCAAGUACUGACACAAAGCACAUGAGAAAGAGGAAG